AUGCCCCUCUUCGGUACCCUUCUUGCUGGCCUUCUCGGUCCAGUCGCGGUGGAUGUGCAACUGCAAGGGCACACACGCCUCCUGCAGCAUCCACAGCUAUUCGAGGCGGCGCUGCAGGCGUACGAGCGGCAAAGCGCCGGCGAGCUACGGGAGGCUCUGAGAAGUGUGCAGCCAUUCUUUCUCCUGUGCAACACUGGAGGGGCUGCAGACAUGUGCAUGAAUCAUUCGGAGGCGUUGGGAGGUGGCGUGGAUGGCGACGGCCACCCGCAAGCGGCGCUCGGCGCUGCGGUGCUGUAUACGAUGCACCCUGCUAACGGCUACCCCGUUUUGCCCCUCCUCGCCCAGCUGCUGCGAGCCCCGCAGGUCACGAAGCUCCUCCUUCACAGCCGCCUGCUCUACCGCCUUCUCUUUCUGUUUCUGGGGACGGACCGAGUGGAACUGAGCAGCGUCGUCGACCUGCCCACCUGGACAGCACUGGGGCAGCAGUCACGGCCCUCUCUCGCCUUGCUCUUCCAUCUUCCUAUGGAGAGUGUCAAUCGGUUGUCGGACAUCGCGGCGGUGCUUCCAUCAGAAGCACAGCAGCUGCUCAACGAGGAGACGGAGUCGAUUGCACAGCAGCAGCCACAAGAACAGCAGUUACCUAAUCAGACUCGGUCUAUGAGGCUCGAAGACAACUCCGAGCUAGACAGCCUAGGGGAGGCGUCAACGGACGACACCAAUGGUGCCGGCGACAGAAAUGACGGCGGAGAGGAUGAGCACGACGAAGGAGGCAGCACACGAGCGGUAGCGGCAGACGGGGCGGCGGAGGACGAAGUGGUAGACGCAAUCGAGCUUCUUCAUCGCAUCCAACCGUUGGCCGAGCAGCCUCUCAAUAGCAACUGCAGCAGGGUCAGCGGUGCCGCCGGUACCGACUCCGCUUCAGCUGCCCGAACAGCCGGUAGGAAACGCCGUUCCUUGCGCUCUCACAAGCAGUAUCGUCGACAUCGAUAUGACAGUGACAUACCUCUCUCUUCUUCUCUCGCGGACGCGUCGACACUCGCCGACAUCUACCAUGGCCUAAAGGUGAUGACGCUGUUCUUCACCCACGUGUUGUCGAGGCUUCUUGACAUAGUGAACCCUGGGAUGACAGGCGUGGCUGCACCUCGUGUUGGAAUCGGCGCUUUGCCACUGACGACCUCGCGCUGCGGUUCCAAUGUUAUAGGGUCACCCGCCUCGGCAGUGCGGUACCGCAUUUCCCCAUCUGAGCUGUGCGCACUGCGCACCUACGCGGAUUUCCUCUGCGAGCUCAUGACGUAUCAUGGUGUCUUCGUAAACGAUACGGUGACACACAAGAUGCUGACCCUCCUGGAUGUGCAAAUGGCCACAAUCGAAGACUUGGGACUUCGCGUCGCAGCAGCUUUGCUGGCCACCACGGACCCUGUUGCGCCUUCGACUACCCCAGAGGAGGCUGAGUGUAGUAAGUGGAACGUAGGAGCGGUUCAUCGGUGCUUGGCUCGACUUACCGCCGCUUCAACGAUGUUCGAGAUACCGCGAGCGCUGAAUGCUCACUAUCUGCGUCUCCUGGCUGCGCAGGCGAAGCACAGCAACUGUGUGCGGGCAGCACAGUUUCGCCUGGGAUGUCAGCUCGUAUGUGCGUGGAUGGCGUACCUAGAUCGGGUCACUGCCAAAAAACGACUGCAUGAUAUGUUCAGCAAGGUCUCAGAUAGAUUGCACCUGCGCGUGCUGGAGAAGCCGCGAGACGCAGCAGUGGAGGACGACGUUGCAGCGCCGGAUGCGCCUAUGCCACAGGUGUCUGAGGUGUGCUACUCGAUACACCCAGACUGGGCGCUGCACAACACGUCGACAGGCCGUAUCUUCUCAGCGCUGCCCAACGUGCAAAACUUGCCGAAGCAGCCACCCCGCACGGCGUUCCCGAUCCACGCACUCUCCGCCACGCAAGACCGCAGCAGCAACGGCGGCGGCGACGAAUCCCUGCGCCCCUACGGCUACGUCGACUCGCCAACGGAGGAAGAUGUCGAUCGCUGGUUGUCGCUCGCGGAGGCCGGCGUGAUUGACCAGGCGUCGUCGGCACAGUUUCUUCUCUUUCCUGAACACCCACAGUGGACGCUGAGGCACCUCUACUGCGCCCCCCCGGGUUGUGUGCUCGUCUCAUUCGACUUCAACCAGCUGGAGCUGCGCCUGCUUGCCCAUCUGAGCGGCGACUCUGCUCUCCAGGAGCACCUGUCUUCCAACGUGGAUGUUUUGGCGCUCGUGACAGCCAGCGUUCUGCGCCUGCCAUCCAUCGACCACGUACGCCCAGAGCAGCGGCAAGCUGUAAAGGUGAUUGUGUAUGGGCUCCUGUACGGCAUGGGGCCAGAGUUGAUGGAUGUGCGUAUACGGAAGAUCAACGAGGAGUUUGCAACAGCGGAGCAGCAGCAGCAGCACGACCGAGAGGGAGCGGCCUCCUCCUCCGACCCGGAGUCGGCCUCUGCGCGUGACCUUCUUAGGCGCUUCUACCACGCCUACCCGCGCGUCGAGAGCUAUCUUCGCGAGACUCGACAAGAGGCGCAGAACUCCUUGGUGGUGGAGACGCUGUCUGGCCGCAAGACCCUCCUCGCCGAAACGGACGCGAACCGGCGGAAGCAGCGCGCCAUUGCGCAGGCCGUACAAGGCGGCGCGGCCGACGUGCUACACAGUGCCAUGCGAGCCGUCCAUCAGCAGCGCCACAGCUUUCUUCCUUACCUCCCUGCUGCACCCUUGGCACUGGUGAUGAGCAUUCACGACGAGCUCGUCUAUGCCACCCCGCGGGUGGCUAUCGACGAGGUGGUGCGGGGAGUGCAGCGCAUCCUGGAGGACCAAGCACGAGUCCUGCGGCUGGCUGUGCCUCUACCAGUGUCUGUUCGGGUCGGCCACUCCUUCGGCGAACUGACAGAGUUCCACUCCGCACGGGGCUGA